AUGCCGCGAUCGCUCCGUCCAACACUUGGGUAUCUGCCGCCGUCACUCGGAAGCGAGGUGUACGCCUGUGCCGGGAACGGGCCGUUUGUGGCGACGCAGACGACGCGCGCGUUCCACGCGCCGUCGACAAGCGAGGUCGAGUCCGAGCCAGAGGCACCGAGUCCAGCUAGCGGUAGCGAGUCGUCCACUGCCGAGCUGGCCUCGUUCGAGGCUGCGAUGGGAAGCAUGGUGUUUGCAGCCGGCAGCUUUGCGGCGCUGAGCGCGGCGGCGGAGGAGAACCACGUGGCGGGCAUGAUGCUGUACUCGACCCGCGGCGCGUACACCCGCGGCAUCGAGGUCAUCCGCCGGCAGUGCGCCGCGGCUGGGGAAGCGCUUGUGGCGAUGGAGUCGACCGCGAAUGGCCCGCUUCCUGAUGCCCUUGUUUCUGGGUGGCACGACAGGGUGGCUGGCAUCCGGCGCGCAGCGGUGGCGCGGCUGGCUACUUCGCGAGUGGCGAGCAGCCCACGGCGAUCGGCCUGA